CAAAACUAGACUAUCUACUAGAGCUAUUCAUGAAAUGAUAAUGCUAUCAGAAUAUUAUGCAAUGAUAACAUAGAGUUACAUUUUAAAUUAGACAUACUACCUAGUGACUACACCUAGAAUCUACAUCAAGUCAAAUUGAUGAUUUGGAGCUGACAGUUCAGAGGCAAUGUCUGAUUUUAAAAACAAUUCUGUUAUUGACAAUCAAUAUUUAAUAUAAAUAAUAUUAUAUUUUAUACCUAAAUAUUUUUAAUUGGUGGAGUUAUUGGUCUUGAACUUAGAAUAUUCCCAAUAUUGGAACAUUGUCAUUACCAAUCACUGCUGACAACACAUCUCAGAACUAAGGAACAAAAGUUGCUUCAUUGAGCUAAAUUCCACCACUUCACUAUGUCUAUAGACAUUGGGCUGCGAUCGUUUAUUAGCUACAUUUUCUCAAAUCCAUGGUUUCUGGCUGGAGGAUUUAUUUUCUAUAUUUUUCUUUACAUCGUAUCUGUUUACUUUUUUGGGAAAAAAUUAGGAAGAAACCCAUUGGCAAAGGAUUACAGGCUAUCUCCAGAGCCAUGUGUAAUUGAUACUAAAGCACGAGAUGCUGUUCUUAAACAAAGAUUUAAAGCCUCUCAAGUUCCAGAGAAACUAGAUGUGAUUGUAAUAGGAAGUGGUGCUGGUGGUCUGACUGCUGCAGUACUACUUAGCCGAGCUGGUCUCAAAGUUCUUGUCCUUGAGCAACAUGAUCAAGCUGGUGGCUGCUGUCACACUUUUGUUGAGAAAGGGUUUGAGUUUGACACUGGGAUUCAUUAUAUUGGCAAACUACAAGAUGGAACUGUCAACCGUACACUUCUGGAUCAGUUAACUUGUGGACAGCUUAGAUGGGCACAGAUGGAUGAUGCCUUUGACCAAGUAGCUGUUGGGGACACAGCCAAAGCCAGAAUUUAUAAGAUGAAGUCAGGAGAUGAGCGAUAUGUCCAAAACCUUAAAGAACUCUUUCCUGAAGAGAAAGAAGCCAUUAUCAAAUACAUGGAACUUGUGAAGGAUGCCAGUGCAUCGAUGUUUGGAUACUCAAUGCUGAAAAUAUUGCCACGCUAUAUUGCUCAAUUCUUGGUGUACAGUGGAUUGUACAAGCUAGUGCUAAAAUGUUAUCGAAAAGGUUACACUGACACAACACUGCAAGAAGUUCUGGAUGGUCUAACUAAUAACAAGGAACUGAAGUUGGUCUUAUCCUAUAUUUGUGGAGAUUAUGGUGUGUUUCCGAAUGAGGUACCUUUCAUGCUUCAUGCUGCUCUCAUAGAUCACUAUACCAGGGGGGCUUUUUAUCCUGUGGGUGGAACUUCAGAAAUAGCAUUUCACAUGAUCCAGAGCAUUGAGAAGGCAGGUGGUAAAGUCUUGGUACAGGCACCAGUGACCAAAAUUUUGUGUGACAGCUCAGGAAGGGUAAAUGGUGUUCAAGUGGGCAAGAAUGACUGUGAGAUUCAUGCCAGCUACAUUGUCUCUGAUGCUGGAGCAGUUAAUACAUUUAAAACAUUAUUGCCUGAAGCUAUAGCCAAAUCUUCUUUCAUAUACCCUACGAUUGCAAAGGUUGGAUCGAGUGUCUCAUUCAUAACCACAUUUAUUGGAAUUGAAGGCAGCUCUAGUGACCUAAAUCUACCAGCUAGCAAUAUAUGGCAUUACAAUACAGAUGACAUCAGCAAAGCCCUAGAAGAAUAUCUCAGCAUGAAGCCAGAAGACAUUGAAGAUAUCAAGAUCCCUUUUGGAUUUAUUUCUUUUCCUUCAGCUAAAGACCCCAUAUGGGAAAAAAAAUUUCCUGGAAAAAGUUCUGCUCUUGUAAUUACCUUAGCCAAAUGGGAAUGGUUUUCAAAAUGGAAGGAUGAAAAGAUUCGUCAUCGUGGUGAUCAUUAUGAAGGAAUCAAGGAUAUAAUCGGCAGACAGAUGUGGCAGCAAUGUAUUGACCUGUUUCCUCAAUUAGAUGGAAAAAAAGUCUACCUAGAGGUUGGGACACCUGUUUCUAACCAGUACUACCUGGCCUGUCCACAAGGUGAAAUGUAUGGACUAGAUCAAGGUAAACAGCGUUUCUCAGCAGAUGCAGCCUGGAGGUUGAGAGUGGAUACUGAUAUACCAGGACUGUUAAUAACUGGGCAAGACACCUUAAGCUGUGGUUUCACACCAGCAGUUAUUUUUGGACUACUUUGUGCAUCCCAGAUUUUAAAUAGAAAUUUAUACACUGAGCUACUGAAACUGAGAAAGAUGAUUACAAAGAUUGACAGUGCCAGGAAAAUUGAAUGCUUGAAGAAAGACGAAUAAUGACCAAAGAUUUAUUUUUUUUUGCUCAGUUCUUUUAUAUUUAUCUAAAUUUGUUCAUUUAGAGUUGACAAUUAUGACAAAGACUUUUUUAAUUUAAAUUUGUUGAGUCUUGGAGGUUUUAAUAUAUUUCAAGUUGUUUGUCAUGAAAAUGUGAAGAAAAUUUUCUUUUUAAAAUUUAUAAACUGAACUUAGUUAUCUACUUGAAUUCCUAUAGAAAAAUUGUUAGAAGUGUCUGAAUUUCAGUACUGCUUUUUCCAUUGAUCCAAUUUAAUGUUAAAACUGUAAUAAAUUACAUAUUUUUCUUAACUCUUAUUUUUGUAUUUAUAUAUUAAGCCAAUAUUUCUGAGAUAUGUUUCAAAUGUGUAAAACAAACAUUUCUAAGCCUUUUUUUUUGUAUCCUAGACAUUAUUAUUAUUUUUGUUUGUUUCUGUAUAAAGCAUCUUUCAUGCCUAUAGCAUGCUAGAAAUGUUAUGGUCUAAUCUCUGUUAUGGACCAGUGGGGGUGGAGGCGGAGUUAUCUGAGAGAAGGUUUUAGUGCCUUCAGGCGCUCAGCAAACAACUAAGCUCGAGUAUGGUUUCAAACCCGCUUGAUAGGUAUCCAGUUCCAAGUGGUUCAUUCCCCUAAGUGGUAUUUUUGAAAUGAUAAUAUUUGAGUGCUGUGAAGAAUAAUUGUGUCUUUGAAAUGACAAAUUAAAAAAAAAAAGAGACAGAAGCUAUGUUUCUGUAAUUUUUCAAGUCUUGUGAGAAUGUCUGUCAGUCUUUUUACUGUGCAUACUUGGAUAAGAGGUUUUACUGUUUACAUGCCUAAACUUCACGAAGCAUGGCAGAACCAAAAUAGGUAUUAUCCAUUUUUUUUUUCAACUGACAAAAUUGUCCUUUAUCUUUAUGACUGCAAAGUCAAAUGCCCACAAUCAUCCUAAUCUCCUCAUUGUAAUAUAAAGUAGUAAGCAAGCAUAUUUCCUUUUGAAAUCUUGCACCUAUGAUAUAAAGAUCAUCUGCUUCUAUGGCUAACAGUUAAGUGUGUUGGUGGGUUGUAAUAACAGCUAAACAGCUUUACUUUCCCCAAAUUAUGUUAAUUAAGUAUUUAUUAGAGCUUGUUGAAAUAACAGACUUUCCAUUAUACUUAAUAAGAACUUGCAAUGUUCACCAAGAUUUGCAACACAGUCUCUUGAUUCUUAAGCAGAGUGAUCUAUCCCUUAGCUACCUCUCCAAAGUAAGUAUAAUAGUUUCUCUACAUUUCAUAAAAGUAGUCAAAUCUUGCAAGGAAAUCCUUAAUUGUAGACUGGCACAAUGAUAAAUUAGGAAAUAGUUGUCCAUCCAUGCUGAGAAAGUUUGUGUGUAAUUUGAUUGUGUUGUGACUAGAACGUUGUUUUAUUGAAUAAAAAAAUUAUAAUUUCCUUUUA